UAGAAUCCAACGCCUUAAUUGUAUGCCAAACCUACACACUGCCUCUUAUUCUAGAAUGAGUUGCCACAUCAUCGUUUACGUCACUGGUAACUUGUAAGCAGCGUCCUUCCGCUAUGCAGUCGAUCAGUACAAAUGCGAAAUUGCGGUAUCUUUCAGUUAGUAUAGUCAGGUGCGAUAACGUGCCUAUUGAUGAUGUGCGACAGCCCUUGGAACCAUCGUUCCCGCCGAUGCCUCCACCCCCUUUGUUCUCGCCGCCCGCAAAACCUUAUCUCCUAUUUAAGACAUCGGACUGGCACACAACAGUCCAUCGAAAGUCCAAAAACACACUAGCAAGAAGCCAAGCACACUUAACACAGUAGGUCUUCUCUGAUCGGAGCUUGAAAAGCUGCCAAAUGGCAAUAGAAGACUCAGCGAAUGGCCGUCGCCCGCCGACGGCGAACGUCGACAGCAGCGGCUGCGACGUCAAGGCGCAUUUCGUGUUCAUCCCGCUGAUGUUUCAGGGCCACCUGAUCCCGGCGGCCGACACCGCGCUUCUGCUAGCCACCCACGGCGCUCUCGCCAGCAUCGUCGUCACCCCGUCCAACACCGGCCGGAUCAAGCCGGCCGUCGACUUCGCCCGAAAGUCCGGCCUGGCGGUCCGGCUCGUCGAGCUCCCGCUCGACCUCGCCGCGGAAGGGCUGCCCGACGGCGCCGACGACGUCGACAAGGUGCCGGAGGGUCUCUGGACCAACUACUUCCGCGCCCUGGCGCGCCUCCGGGAGCCUCUGGAGCGGCACCUCCGCGCGCACGCGCCGUACCCGACGUGCGUCGUGGCGGACUUCUGCCACCCGUGGGCUAGGGAGCUCGCGGCGAACCUCCAGGUCCCGCGCCUCGCUUUCUUCAGCAUGUGCGCCUUCUGCCUCCUCUGCCAGCACAACGUCGAGAGGUUCCACGCGUACGACGGCGUGGCCGAUGACCACGAGCUGGUCGUCGUGCCCGGCCUGGAGAAAAAGGUCGAGGUGUCGAGGGCUCAGGCUCCCGGUUUCUUCCGCGGGGUGCCCGGGUUCGAGAAAUUCGCGGACGACGUCGAGCAGGUGUUGGCCGAGGCCGACGGCGUCGUCACCAACAGCUUCGUGGAGAUGGAGCCGGAGUACGUCGCCGGCUACGCGGAAGCCAGGGCGAUGAAGGUGUGGACCGUCGGGCCGGUGUCUCUGUUCCACCAGCGGAGCACCGCGACGCUGGCGUCGAGAGGGAACACCGCCGCCAUCGGUGCCGACGAGUGCCUCCGGUGGCUCGACGGCAAGGAGCCCAACUCCGUCGUGUACGUCAGCUUCGGGAGCCUCGCGCACGCACGACAGAAGCAGGUCGUGGAGCUCGGUCUCGGGCUGGAGGCGUCAGGGCACCCGUUCAUCUGGGUGGUCAAGAACGCCGCCGCCGGCGAGGAAGUGGCCGAGUUCCUACACGACCUCGAGGCGCGCGUCGCCGGGCGCGGCCUGCUCAUCAGGGGGUGGGCGCCGCAGGUGCUGAUCCUGUCCCACGCAGCCAUCGGCAGCUUCGUGACGCACUGCGGGUGGAACUCGACCAUGGAGGCCAUCACGGCCGGGCUGCCGGUGGUGGCGUGGCCGCACUUCUCGGACCAGUUCUUGAACGCCAAGUUCGCCGUGGAGGUGCUGGGGAUCGGCGUGGACGUCGGGGUGACGGAGCCGCUCAUGUACCAGCUUGAGGAGAAGGAGAUCGUGGUGGCCAGAGAUGUGGUGGAGAAGGCGGUGAGGGAGGUCAUGCAGGGAGGAGGCGAGGGGGAGGAGCGGAGGAGGAGGGCACGAGCGCUUGCGGCCAAGGCCAGGACUGCCGUGGAGAAAGGCGGGUCGUCGCACGCGAACCUGCUGGAUUUGAUCAACUGCUUCAAGGUGGACGCGGGAUGUCGUGCUCGCCCCUUCGGGAGGUCGACUGCAUGAGCAUCGCGGGAUGUCUGAGAGGACAAACAGUUUUUCCCAUUUCAAAUUCCAAAUCUGCUAGUAUUAUACUUGGGCGUCAUCUACUUGCCACUGUGAGCCAGCUGUAGACAGUCUGCUGCAAUUCUCCACUUCUGUUAAAGUUUCAAGAUUAUGUUUUGUUUAUUUUACAGAGGUGUAUAUGUUGGGGGGUAAAUAAAAAAUGUAUACUCUAUGAACUAUGCUCAUGCCAAUCA